AUGCCAUUAUCUGCUACACCCACGAAGGAGCUCACGGAGGAUACUUCCUCUCGAUCCUCGGCUUUCAUCGAUCCUGUUGCUGAAAAGAGAGCAGUGCGGAGGUUGGAUUUUGCUAUUUUGCCUAUCAUGACCAUGUACUACUUCUUGUCUUUCUUGGAUCGUGCAAACAUCGGCAAUGCUCGCGUCGCUGGCCUCCAAAAAGCUCUCAGGAUGACUGAUUACCAGUAUCAAAUUUGCGUUACGGCCCUCUACGUCCCUUACAUCUGCGCCGAGCUCCCCUCGAACCUUUUACUGCGAAAACUCACCCCGAGAAUAGUCAUGCCUUCGCUUCUUACUGCUUGGGGAAUCAUUGUCAUUUUCCAAGGGUUCAUUACCACGUAUCCGGCUUUGGUCGGUGCUCGUGCUCUUCUGGGGUUGGUUGAAGGUCCCAUGUUCCCCGGUAUCGUCCUUUACCUUUCCAGCUUCUACACACGGAGGGAACUGUCAAUGCGGGUUGCGAUAUUCUUUUCUGCUGCUUCGCUAUCUGGCGCUUUCUCUGGGUUGUUGGCCGCUGCUAUCGUUAAUAUGAAUGGUAUUGGAGGAAAGCCUGGAUGGGCGUGGAUUUUCAUCCUGGAAGGCCUCUUUAGUGUCUUCAUCGGCAUUCUUGGUUUCUUCAUUAUUCCAUCUACCCCAAGAGGUAUCAAGCUUUUCGUCACGGAAGCGGAUAAAGACAUUCUUGAAAGGCGUUUAAUUCGAGACCGACCAUCGGUUAGCCCUCAUGAUCAUUUCAGCCUCAAAGAAGUUUUGCGCUCCCUUUCGUCGCCUCACGUUCUUAUGGUCUUUGUGUUGUUCUACAUGACGGGUACUACGUUAUAUGGCUUAGCACUGUUCCUUCCUUCGAUCGUGAACCAAUUGGGAUUCAGUCCGAAUCAAAGCCAGUUGUUGAGCGUCGGACCUUUCGCUGCUGGAUUCUUUGUAACGAUCAUAUCGGCGUACUAUUCAGACAAAUACCAAGCUCGUGCCGUUCCCACCGCUGCGAUAUCCACGCUCGCUGUCAUAGGGUUUGCUAUGUAUUUGACCGCAGAAACGAAAUUCGUCCGAUAUGGGUCCCUGUACCUGACUGUACCAGGAGUAUACGCAGUUGCACCUGUUGUUUCUGCGUGGAUGUCGAAUAACUCCGAACCGUAUUACACCCGUGCUACUAGUAUUGCGUUUGGGUUUAUUGCUACUAAUUCCGGCGGUAUCACAAGCACGUGGAUGUUCCCGACGAAGGAGGGACCUAGGUUUAGGAGGACGACUAUUAUUGAUAUGGUUUUCUCCGCGCUCAUUGUCGUUCUGGCCAUCGUCAACGGGCUAUAUCUACGACGACAAAAUCGGAUAAAGAGGGAAAGGCGGUCUGAGAUUCUUGCUCCUUACUUGGAGGAUGGGGCUGGGAAAUCGGAAGAUGGAGGGGAUGGAGGGGAAAGGGCUUGGAUGGAACUUGGGGAUCGGCAUCCGGAUUUCAUGUAUACGUACUGA